CGUCAGGGGUCGAAGUUGACAGUUGGCGGAGGGAGGGCUCGUGCUUGGACGGUUCGCGGGAAACGUCUCAAAACAAAAAUCGGUUCACGCGAGCGUCACGCACAAAGAGUGUGAACUCAACCUGAUACAUACACACACAUUAAACCAAUCGAUCGGAUCAAUAACAGCGUAUUACCCCUAUAACUGACGUCAACGGCUCUCGGCGGCGGGCACGAGCUGGUAACGUUAGCCAGCUUACUUUAUGUUAGCUCCUCGCGCUAACCGUUAGCUUAGCUUCUCGGGCUAACUGUUAGCUUCUCGGGCUAACCGUUAGCUUAGCUUCUCGGGCUAACUGUUAGCUUCUCAGGCUAACCGUUAGCUUAGCUUCUCGGGCUAAUUGUUAGCUUAGCUUCUCGGGCUAACCGUUAGCUUCUUAGGCUAACCGUUAGCUUAGCUUCUCGGGCUAACCGUUAACGCAGCACUGUCAACGGGCGCUCAUCUGUUAGCAUUAGCAUUAGCACUUGUUCAGCGGCUACACACGAGCUAACCGAGCUAACCGCGCUAACCGCGCUCUCCCGCUGUCUGUGGCCGCCGGUGCGGUCAGCUUAGCGGCGGACUCCCGGUGCGAGGAGCCGGUGUAGCGGUGGGUGAGAUGGCAGAGAGGCCAGAAGACCUGAACCUCCCCAACGCGGUUAUCACCCGCAUCAUAAAGGAGGCGCUCCCAGACGGGGUGAACGUGUCGAAGGAAGCCAGGAGAGCCAUUUCCCAAGCUGCCAGCGUGUUCGUGUUGUACGCGACGUCGUGUGCGAACAACUUCGCCAUGAAAGCGAAGCGGAAAACUCUGAACGCAGGAGACGUUUUGGCUGCGAUGGAGGAAAUGGAGUUCGAGCGUUUCCUGGAGCCUCUGAGAGAAGCUUUAGAGGUGUAUAAGAAGGGCCAGAAGGGGAAGAAGGAGGUGUCGGAGCAGAAGCGCAAAGACAAAGAGAAGAAGAACGACUCCGAGAACGAUAAGAGCAGAGAGGAGGAAGAGGAGGAGGAAGAGGAGCGCAUGGAGGAGGAGCCCGAAGCUGAGAACGAGGCGGAGGAGGAGGAGGUGGAGAACUGACGGACGAUGAAACCUCCGAACAACCGAAGCACAAAGAAAACACGAAGAAAACACAACCGUUGUUCUCUUUUGUAUUUUUUCAUCAGUUUUGAUAGAACAGGAUUUAUUGUCAGUAAAUAAUAAAACGCA